UAGCCAGAUGACACAAGAACUUUUCUUUUACUUCGCUGUUAUUCGACCAUAGUUUCUUCCCUCGCUCUUGUAUCACCAAAAAAAGCUCUAGCAAUUGAAGCAACAAUUUUAGGCUUUUAAAUCCAAAUUCGACCUAAACCCAUCAUCCAUACUCGCCGAAGUUUAUCUUGCACAAAGAUGUGUAUCUGAGGCUUAUCUCCUUGAAUCUAAUCAAUUUUGUUUUUCCCUGAAUUUCCUUCAAACCGUUGUGUUCUUCAAUGAUUUUUGCACCACAGGGAACUUGGUUUAAAUCCUAUGUUUUUGUGCGAUUAUUCUUCGUGUCCUGAAAUAUGUAUGAUUUCAAGGGUUAAGAAGUGAUUUUAUGAAAGUAGUGAAUGACUGCAGCCAUCCGGGUAUCUCUUUUCAUCAUGAACUAGUCUGGUACUGAAACCGGCCUUUCUACUGUUUGUGAAAAGGACUCAAUGAGUUCCAUAUUCAAAACUCCCCCGGUAGCUGAAAAUUAAAAUUCUUUCAUUUGGAUUUGUAAUCUCCUCCCAACACUGCAACUCAAAGAUUUCAACCCAUUGAUUUGCAAUACAAAACCACCUUGUUUUUUUUUUUUUUUAAAAAUCCAUGUUUGCGUAACUUAAUAACAUGAACUGUCUUAUUUAUGAAACACCAUUGCUUUACGUUUUUGUUAUGUUUUAACAUUCACUUAGUCUGCUUAUAAAUUUGUGAGCCUUUGGCAUGACUCCUAUGAACUGAUUAUGUGUUUUAACAUUUCUUUUUUGCAUACCCUUUUCUUUGUCAAGUUACUCUAUAUUACAUACAAAAACUAGAGAUAGACAUUUAGCAUGAUUUUGAUGCAUUGAGUUGUAUUGUAUGGGAGUUUGUUGGAGUUGAUAAUGAAGUUGCAUAACAAUAUCUUGACGACAAUUAACAGGAAAUCUAGCUUUUAUAUUACCUUCAUAGAUAAAUGAUCUUGUUGCCUUCAUUUUCUGAUUAGGAGUAAGAGGUUUAAGAAUUUUUUUUACAAGAAAAAUGUAAGGUAGGGUUCAAUAUCUCUGUUCACAUUUGUUGUUGUGUAAUGGUGUAAUUUGAUGGACGUAUAAUCUAAGAUUUAAAUCGAAUUCAUUGUUUUGAUUUUGUUAGAGGAAAAGCUAAGCAUUCUUGGAUUUGAUAAUCAAAAACGUUGACUGAAUUGAAUUGAGUUUAACAUCCUAAGUUUUGUAGAAGGUAGUAAGAAUGGGCACAGCACUGUUGUAUGAGAUUUGGGAAAGCCAGCAACAGGUAAAUCACUUUAAAAGCUGCCACAUCUCCAAGAUACUUAUUGGCUAAGGAUCAGAAAGAGAAGUUUAUACAUGGGAACAAGAGAGGUUUACGAGCAAAAACUGAGAUCUGGUAAUCUCCAUUAUGACCCAACCAUCAACCCUGGCCUUGGAUCCCCUCGCUGCCCCCGCUGUCUCUCUCUCAUAGGCCCUAACUCUGAAACAGGGGAGACUAUUAACGGCGUCUUACACGGUUUCACUGCUGUGGCAGGAUCAGGAGCUGCUGCACUUUUUAGCGGAAUCCAGAGUUAUAAUUUAGGGAUUCCGUUUAUUCAAAAGCAUGUGAAGGGUCCUAAAUGGCUUCCUUUCGCUAUUGGGAUUCCUUCAUCUCUAUUGAUUUCAGCUACCAGUGCAACGUUAGCAGGUUAUGCAGUUCCUAUGUUUGCUCAGAUGUCGGUGACAUCUUAUCAUGCUGCCUCAAGUGCCUCACAUUAUGGAGUAUCACGCCUAACCAGUUACAUCGAAGAAUCCCACUACGUGCAGAAGAAGCCAACCUGAUUCUGGGCAAGCUUUUUUGAAAUAAGUGUACACCAAUUUUUAACUUUUGCAGAUGAUUCCUGUCUAAAUCGCGUUCUGUCAUUUUUGACUCCCAUAGGGUUAAAUAAAAUGUAAAUAUGCCAUAGAAAUCACCGGUACUUUGUUUCUUCACCCCAAUCCAAAUACUUUGUCUUUCCUUUUCUUCGU